GAGAAACUAAAAUUAGGAUUUUUACAAAGGGAUGUCGGUUGCAGGAAGCAACCGCUAGAUAUGUUCGCACCCGAUCCACGCGGUGAACUUCCAUGGCCAGUCCUUCUCCUCCACCAAGAUCUCUUCUUUCGCAGCUUCUUUCUUGUUUUCUCUAAUGGCGGGAACCAGAAGAAGAAGGACCAGAUCCCAAUUCCCCCAUUUUACCACCAACCCCUUUUCUCCUUCAAACUUCUUUUUGUUUACAUAACCAUAUAUGCCCCAACUUCUUCUCUUCUCGCCUUCCAACUCAAGCAAUUCUUUCGAUUUCAAUCAAUUUUUUCUAUCCCAAACCCUUUCUUAUUCGUUCGAUUCAAUUCCCCUUUCCCCUUUUCCGGAAUGAAGUUUGUCGUUGAUUGUUUCUUUUCGUUAUGGAUUCUCCGCUGCCCUGUUUGGGUUCUUCUUCUUAAUUAAAUUCCAUGUGUUUCUCUAUGUUUUUAUCAUGCGUCUCUUGUGUUUAUGCGUCUUUGGAAUUUUGGUGUCGUUUCUGAGAACUGUAAUUGGUGGUGAUUUGGGAAUCAAGCUUCGCGUUAAUGGGGAAUGCUGAUGAUACUCGUUGUGUAUUUCCUUUGACCAAUUUGCAAAUUGGCGACCUGCAGUCGUAUCUCUCUGAUCUUAGCCUCUUCUUGGCACCUGAGAGUAAAAAGUUUUACAUCUUGGUGGACAAUCGGCCAUGGUUGAGAGAAUUUGGUUCUCGGCCUGCUCGCUUGUGGCAGCUGAUGGUUACGAAGUCGAGGCUCUCACCUUUUGCAAAUAGGAAAGUACGGAGGGAUAGAAAUAGUGAACGGGUGGCUUAUCAGAGACCCAAAAUUACUAAACCAAAGAAGUCCCUGCGGUGGUUCCCAUUGAUCAAUGCAGUAACACUGUCUCGAAAGAAACUUCUACUUCCUAUGCCUCCUGUGAAGAACCUUAGAAAAUCUUUUGUCCUAAACAAUGAACUGCAUGGAAUAUUGUAUGGUUUUAUUGUUUUUGAAGUUUCAUGGAACAAUGUUAGAGGUAUAAACUACUUGAAUGAGCUUCAGACGGAUACGUCUCUGGCCAUAGAGGCUAAAUAUAUGCAACGAUGGGAAUUUGAUUGCAUAUCUCAAGCUGCUGCGAGCAUACCUUCUUGGUUCUUGGGUUCACCCGCCGAUGGCCAACUGUUGAAGAAUUAUUUGGAAUCAGCCACAGGAGAAAUUUUCUACGAUGCUUUAGAUGAUUUUCAUGAUGUUGAAGACAGUUACCUCAAUAGCAUUCCCAUUAUGGAGGACGAGAUUAUCUCUUACAAAAACUUAUACAUGAAUAAUGAUUUUCUGGAGUGCACCGAUGGUGAACAAAACCUACAUUCUACCACGGCAGAAGACAGCACAAAUACACUACAGACACCUCCUCCUACUGGUCCGAACAAGAGAAGAAAAGUUACAAAAUUUAUUGGCCCAAAUAAUGAAGAUGAUACCUAUCUGGAAGAGAGGAAAAACAGAAUUAUUGAUUUGCCCAGUGUCCCAGAGAUUCAUGAUACUAAUUGUCAAGAUGUAGUUGAGGCUACACAAUACAAAGAUGUAUUAAUUUUGUUCAGGUUCAAUGAUCGGGACCUUCCAUUCAAGUUAAAACAAGUAAUAAUGUCUGAUCUACGGUUGCUCACCUUGUUAGAAGCUGGUCUUCCAUCCUGGGUCAUCUUCCUUCAAUCUUACCCAGUGUUUUGUCAUCUCUAUCGUCCUUGGAUGUGCCCUUUUGCAAGAGCAUUAUAUGUGCUGGUAUCAGUUAUCACUGUUCUCAUAGGAUUCUAUGAUUUAUACAAAAAUGUCCCACUUUUGAAGGCAGCAGCGUCUCGUUUGUGUGGACCCCUUUUUGAUUGGAUUGAGACUUGGGAGAUGGUAUCAAGGAUCAAAUACUUGGGAACAAUGUUGUUCUUACAUAAUUUUGAGAAAGCUCUUACGUGGUUUCUUACUAUUUCACGUACUACACGAUCUUUUCUUUCAAUCCUGGCUCAACCAUUGGCAAGUCCUGUCAUGGAACUUUUAGGGUUCCUACUUCCUGUUGGUAGUACUUUUAUCGAAUUUGUGGGGAACUUCUUUUCAGUAAUCUGGGAUGUCAUUGAAUUUUGUUGCACUAUGGUUGUUGACUCAAUCGAGUUGUUGCUCUUGCCAAUAUGGUUCAUAGUCUCAACCCUCUGGAGAUGUGUAACAAUGAUUUUGCUUCCUAUAUUGUGGAUCAUUUCCGAAAUCCUAUAUGCUCCAAUUAGAGCGGUCCUUUCAUUAGCUAGUUUUGUCACUUACAUAUGCACCGGCAUUUAUGAUAUGUUCGGAGGCAUACAAAUUUUUCUCAGUAGUGUUUUUCAAGUUGCUUCUGUUUCAGAGGUAGCAGUUGCCACUUCUGAGGUUUCUGUUUUGCGUACACUUUGGAAUGAUCUCUUCUCUCAGGUUUUUCGAGCUGUUCGAAGUAUAUUAAAUGGAUUUGUUGCCUUCUUCACUGCUUGCAACAGACAUCGGCUCAGCAUCUAUAAUCAUGUACAGGAAUGUUUUGAAAGAUUAUCUGGACGAAUGAGAGGCUCAGAGCAGGAAGCAAGUAGCAGUAAACAUGUAUAUAUGCCCCAUCGUCUGACUAGUAUAUAUGGACAGUCCAUGGAAAAGCGCAAAGAUCACACGGAUUAGAAGUCUGUUGGUUUAAGCAGAUGAUUAGGACACAUAAGAUACAUUUUCCCUUAUGCAUAUUUAGUACAAUUUAGUCAAAAGAUACGGUUACAAGCAGAGCACGUCUUAGCAGAUGAGGCAGUCUAAUUAUACUGUACAAAGUAGCAUGAGUUUUUCCUUUUCCUACUUCAAAGAAAAUGAAAUCUUUGAGCUAUAUUAAGUUGAUGAAAUAACAUGAAUUGUACAUCUUUAUACCUUUGGUCCUUCCCAUAGAGGUACUGUAAAUCACUAGAUGUAAAUAACUUGUAAAUUUAGUGUACAAAUUUUCCUUGUUUCAAAGGUUUUGAUUUGAUUGUGUGAAAUAGAUUGGUUAUAUAUUAUACUACGACAAGGAGACAGAAAUUGCUCGUA